CCUAUUAAAAGGGAGUUUUCCUCUCCACUGUCGCUGCAUGCUUGCUUAGUAUGAGGAUUGCAUCGAGUCACUGACACUAGUCAGUGACUCGAUGCAAUUUGCUGGGUUCCUUAUAUAGGAAACAUUAUUUCUGAUUGGCUUAAUGAACUGACCUGAAUUGGAAUGUUUAUUAUGUGAAAUGCCUUGAGAUGACUCUUGUCGUGAUUUGGCGCUAUAUAAAUAAAAUUGAAGUAUUCCGAGUUUGCAUUUUAAAAGAUACAAAGGCAAACCUGCAGAACAUGCUAGCUUAAAACAUUUCUUCAUACCUCUUAAUGUGUUAACAUAUUAUAGCUAUAAAUAUAUUGCACAGAUUCAAAGAAAUAAAUAAUGAGGUGGUUCUCUUGCAUUUUUCUAAAAACCUCAGUCAAUAACAUGGCUCAACCCAAACUAACGACUGGACCAUUCGGUCUCUCGUCGGACUACUGCACUUCCAGGUGUACCUGGGUCCUCUGCUCAUUACACUCUUGUGCAUUUUGCAAUAAAACACCACUGGUGAGAGGUUUUCUGCUCAAUAAUGUCAGAAAAACUGCCAGCUGCUACCAUUUCAACUUUUAAGACAAACGACAAAAAGAAAAUCGCCAUUUGAAAUCACGAAAAUCAAGGUGUUUGGAACUAGAAAAUGACAACUGGUGUUUUGUGCGCUCUCAUUCUGUGGCAGCGUGCGUUGUGAUAUCAGGCGGACGUGGCCUAGGAAUGAAAGGUGACGGGAGGGGUGAGAGUUCCGUGACUGCGUUUGUAUUUAAAAGCUAGCUUGUUUUGCAGAUUUGCCAUUGAUGUUGAAGGAGACUGCAAUUACAGAUCUACAUCAGCAGAUAGCUGAGUUGUGCUGUUCAGCAGUGAUCUUAAAUUUAACAGAGAACAGUUAUUAAAGAAGCUCAGAUGUUCAAGCAGAUGGUAUACUUAAAUGCUUUUUGAGUGUUAACGCUUUGUGCAUUGGGGUAAUAACAUAAACUGAGAGGGAAAUAAAUCUGUGUAACCUUUUUUUUUCAAAAAUUCUAUUGAAAAUCAAAAUGCAAACAACAAAAAUUGUCUUGUUUUCAUGUUUUCUAUUUUAGUUGAUCAAAAAUACAAAAAUAAGCCGCAGGACCAAAUUUGAUUUUUAAAAUAUGAUUGUGUUUAUGUUGACAGGUGAGUCGUGGAGGAUGGCUGCUUAUACUGAGCCAGGAUCCUCUGAAGUUUUCUUCCCGUUAAAAGGGAGUUUUCCUCUCCUCUGUCGCUGCAUGCUUGCUUAGUAUGAGGACUGCUGUAAAGACACUAACACUAGUCAGUGACUAAAUGCAGUCUGCUGAGUUCCUUAUAUAGGAAACUUUUUAUUGAUUGGUUUAAUGAACAAAACUGUAUUGGAAUGUUUACAAGUGCCUUGAUAGGCUCUUGUAAUUUAGCGCUAUAUAAAAUGAACUAAAGAAAUAAAAACAUAGCUAGAAAGCUCAAUUUGAUUAAGUAAGUUUAAUAACCUCUGCUGCUUUCUGGAGUUUUCCUCUUUCAGAAAUUAUGUAUGAUUUGUCAGAAAUCCGUAAAAGUGAUUAUCUUAUCAUGUACUGUUAAUAGUGAUGUGUCGGUCGCGAAUGAACCGGCUCUCUUUGAAGUGAACGAUGGGAGCCAGCUCGUCGUUGGGAGCCGUCCCCUCCCCUCUUGCUUUGGUGAAAGCUACAGGCAAUUGGUCAACUAACUGCGUGUCCAGACUGUCCACACACAAAGCAGUAGGGGCGGGGAAGAGGGAGGAUCAGACGCAGACACAGCAGAGCACAUGCGGGUGGAGGGAGACGAGAGGGAAAGAGGAGGAAAAAGGCGAGCGAGAGAGAGGAGAGUGCGACGAAGACUGUGAGAAAACGAGCGCCAGCAGUCGGAAAGUGGAGAUUUGUCAAAGUUUUCAGUUAUUAAAUCCAUAGAAAUGAUAAAUAUUUGAUAUAUAGCAUAUUUUUACAUGAGUAAAUCAUUUUACAUAUAGUUUUGCAUUAUUUUGGUUAUAAAUGUACUCUACGCAACAGAAAAUCUGAGGAGCCACUUGGGAGUCGAAAGAGCUGACUCUUAUUGGUGAGCUGAGCCAAAAGAACCGGCUCUCUAAAAAGAGCUGGAAUUCCCAUCACUAACUGUGAUAUAAUAUAAGCAAUACGUCUUUUUAUUUAUUUUUUGCUAAGCACGCCCCCUGCCCAGCAGAGCUCCGUGCAGUAGGCAACUGAGCGCCGACCAGAACUAACCAAUAGCCUUACCCCAAAAUUCCACUAUCUCCGCUCCACUCCGCUGCCGCUCGCUUCCGAACUCAAAUUAUACUAUACCCGCUCUACAAUGGCUCCGCUCCGAUGUGGAGACCUGAGGUGUGCAAACAGGCGUGCGCAGGAUUUUUGAGAUCUUGCGAUACAGUCCGAGCAAUAAACGCGGAAGUUAGAUCCAAACACCCGUUGUGUGGGAGAAGCAUCGAAAUGAACUGUUUAAUCUGCCCAUCAUUUGUGUUGAGAGAUCAGCAGUGUUUGGAUCAACAAAGUGUGACUACUUUGAUAGUGGAAACUGUAUUUAUGGCUUAUUUUUGUGCAUUUAAAGUUCAACCGCCAUUGAUAGUUGUUAAAAGUUGUUAAACCUGUGCAUAUGAAACAGAAAACGCUUUUUGUUUAUCAAUUUAUUGUGAAAUAACGUAAGUUGUGCUUGCUCUCUUUCCUGUUGGGCAGUUGUGGUUUCUGUCCAUUGACUGCGGAGGUGCUCCGGCGUCCGGCAAAAAUAGAAUCGAUCCUAUUUUUGCCAGAUGGCGGAACGGCGGGUGGCACACUGCGCCGCACGGCCGCAGUAGUGGAACAGCUCUGAUUGACUACAACGGGACCGUUUUUGCUGAGGAGUUCGUGCCGGAGCGCAGUGGAGCGGAGAUAGUGGAAUUUUGGGGUUAGACUACCGCUUAGACGCUUCAAAUUUAAGGAAUACCUCGGCUGAUGCAAAGUUGAUGAACUUUCCACGGACAAGAAAGCCUCUAAAAUAUAAAUACAUGAAAACACAGCAUGACAUGAGAAUAAUAUUCGUAAAACAACGUGUUUUAGCUCUGUUUGCACAUUUAUAAACAGAAAUGUGAAGUCGCCAUCUUAAACAAAGGAACAGCGUUUUUGUGUGAUAUGCUUGUCAGCCACUAGAUGGUGCCAUCGAACAAGAGAAAUACUCCAGAAAGCAGCUUUAAUUACAUGGUUUUUAAGAAUAGGCACCUACAUUGAGAUUGGUAAACUAAUUUUAACUUUUGGUGAGAACAUGCAAACUGUGCAGAUGACCAUACCUGCAAUCUUACUGCAAAUCAAAAUGUAUACCAUGUUUACCACAAUGACUGCUGAAGACCAGCACCAUCUCCCUGUGACCCUGAAGGCAUAAGCAAGUUAGGAGAGAGAACACGUGAAAAUACCAAAAAUCAUAACUUUCAUACAAAGGACAUCUGGAUGAGGUCAUCCACAAAAAUUUAACUGCAUUUGUCUAAUUUAUUCUAGGAAAGAUGUAACUAGUUCAUUUUGGAGCUUUGCAUUUUGUUUGGAAAGUCUACACAGUAUCCCUUGAACAUAAAUGAUUCAGUUAGAAUUCUUGAACUGCAGACUGAGCCGGUUUCUGGUCCAUCGGAACUGGUAAAAGUACCGGUGUUGAAUUUUAUCCUUAUAGUUUGUAUCGUAGCCAAAGAUGUAAGUCCGGUUAAAAAUAAUCAAAUUUCACUUAAGUCACUCAAGAGGUUCCAUACAGGAACAGGCGGAUCAUGAAGGCUAAAUUCAGCUUCCAGCUCUCCGUUAUGACGUUAUUUGAAUGCUGUCGACGCGAUCCACCCGGAUGCGUCAACUCCCGCGGGGUUAACGAUAGCCCCGUACUAACUCCAUCACUACUCUCUGGCUGCAUCCGCCAUCACGCAGCAACCUUCCACUCGUACGAUCAACAUGGCGGCAGCUCACGGACCGGACUAGACCGAGUUCACCGGCGGCUGCACCACAAGGACUCGCCUGUCCUAUUAAUCAGUCACGAAUCACGCGUCUGUAGGACGGCAAACAACAUAAGCAGCUAAAUGAACACUACAUUGGGUCCAUCUAUAACCAUCGCGUUCCGGUUUAACCCGGACAAGGACAUAGUCUCAUUCGAUUCUAUGUUUUCGUCUUGUGCUCUGCACGCGUAGAGAAAACGAAUACAUCAGCCUUUUCGGUGUCCAUGAAAAUCCCUGGCCACUGCGGAUCUACAGACACCCCGUAACCGGAACCUGCAGAGUAGAAUCUUCCAGACCUGAAUCUCAUCCGACCUCCCGAUUGUCAAGGAGCUGCAACACUCGGCCAGGUGGGGAGUCUGGCGACGAAUGCGUUCCUGAACUGUUGUGCAAUGAAGAGGGAUCCUACUGGGACUUGUUCAUGGCCUCUACAAGAACUCACCAGAGUAUGGGUUUCCUAAAAGAAGGGGGCACUGCAGCCAACCAUUUGCCUGCACGCCAUGUGCCUCUGAAACCAGAGAAGAUUCAUAAAGGCGGAAGUGUUCAAAGCAGCCGUGAGUUCUGUGAUGAAAUGGAUUUUAGUGGUAGAUGCGCUACAACUAAAACCAAGGAGGCCAUCAUGAAGAUGAGUGAAAAGCAUUCCAACAGUUUAAACGCUCAGUCUGAAAACAUGCCACCUGACAGCAUUUGUAAAGGAGUCAAAGUGACACUAGACAAUAACAGCAUGUGGAACGAGUACUUCAGAUGCAGGACAGAAAUGAUUCUGACUAAACAAGGCUGCAGAAUGUUUCCAUACUGCCGCUUUCGCAUCUCUGGUCUGCAGCCACACAGGAAGUACAGUCUGAUCAUGGACAUCCAGCCUUUAGACAACAACCAAUACAUAUGGACUGGUGAGGGUUGGCAGACUUCUAGAAAAGCAGAAUGUCACAUAAAAAGUAAGCCAUUCAUACAUCCGGAGUCUCCAGCAACAGGCCAACACUGGAUGCAAAGUCCUGUGUCCUUCUACAAACUAAAGCUUACUAACAACCUCUCAUACCAAGAGGAGAAUAUUAUCCUCCAUCCGCUGCACCGCUAUUUGCCACGACUGCAUUUAGUAGAGAUGGACAAAGCUACAGACAUUAUCAGACUAAAUGAUCCCAAUGUCCUGACUUUCUCGUUUCGUCAGACUGAGUUUAUAACUGUUACUACAUACCAAAACCCUCAGUUUGCUCAGCUGAAAGUAAACUACAAUCCAUUUGCUAAAGGACUGAAGGAGGGUGGACUAAAUUCAUGGGGCCUUAAACUGAAAGCCAACAUAGGCAAAGACGUGAACAAAGAUGGGAGUGAUUCUGUCUCUGAGCAACAUCCUGUGAAGAAAAGCUUGAAGAUUUUGCUUGAAAACCAUAAACCUAAAUGUUCAAAAGAAGGGGUCUCAAGAUUUUCUAUCGACCAUCAGAAAAAUUCCACAAAGAACAAUGAUCCGUGUUCAGCUGCUGUUCCAAAGGAAACUCCAAGCAAUUCACAUCCAGCUCAGAAGCUGAUUUCUGAGCUGAUUCGUGAGGCUCAUGUUUCGCUUCGGAGGUGCCCCGUGGAGCAGCUUGACAGCGACCAGAGCAGCUCUCUCAGUGCACCACAGAGUAACACUAAAGCCACAAGUUCGACUGAAGGCAAAAAACUAGGUGUUGGUGAAAGGGACAGUACAUCUCCCUCCACACCUCGAAAGCAAAGUCCAACUGGGGAAAGACAUCGGAAACUAAAAGAUGGAAAGCAUCAUCUGAACAUGGAGCCUAACUGUUGUAGUACUGCUCCCUCAGAAGUGGGUCAGGUUUUCUCAGAAUACUCAGACCACCAACAUGUCUCAGCCACUGCAUCAGAUACUGUGAAGCAACAAAAGCGCCCGGCUCGGUUGCCCUUGCCAGCACUUGCUCUGUUUUUAAAACAGCACUCAACAAAAUAUAAAAAGACCAAUGGCAAAAUGACCUCUCCUACCCAAGCACCUCCAACUGAAUCUCCCCCUAAAUCCAAGGAUGCUAUUGCAGCUCCCCAUCUAGAGGCCAUAGUCAGGAACACCACAGAAUGCAGCAGUGCUCAUCCGGAUCAAAUAGAUUUGGAUGGAACUGAACAAGCAGGGGAGGCAGCAGAACAGUCCUCCAGUCAGUUAAGUCAUAACUCUAUCAUGGCUUCAUAUUCAGUGGACACAAAAACUGAUGACCCCUUAGCCUUUGCUCCUGAAGGUCUGGGUUCAGAGCUAAAAGUCCCUGAUGAUAAACCAGUGACGACUAACUUCCAUGAUUCCUUUAGUCCCCCCUCCCUCUCAACAUGUUCUACCUCAUUUCCCGUUUCCCAUUCGCUCCCACAUACAGUGUUAUCUGCCCCAAACUCUCCUAAAACUGCAGUAGAGUCUUCUGACCCCUUGAAGUCUGAGCCUUUGCUCUUUUACUCAGAGUGUUCUUUUGACUUUGGUCCUCUGUCUCUUGCAAGUUCUCCAGAACCAUUACCUUCCUUACCAGCAUGUUUAGGUUUAGAUACUGAGUCCUCCUCUGCAGCAGCUGCUACAAAUGAUUCUGUUAAGGACCCAGAACACAGCAAAAGUACAUCAGUCCUUAAAUGGCACACAGUGUUACCUCCCCCUGAGACAAAUGUACAGUCUUUGUUUACAUUUCAUUCCCCCCAUCAGGUUUCUCCUUUAAUGUCUGUUACACCACCUUUGUUUCCUCGCCACCUUCAACCACCAAGUCUUAAUUCAACACCCACCUCCCCAAAUGGCUCCACUCAAUCAUUUCAAGAGACUGAACCACCUCUGCCUUUCCCUGGAGAGUUGUCCCCCCUCACCCUCCAGCUAUCCUUGUCCCCCACAUUCUCUUCACUAGAUGAAAAUGGAUUGUCCCCAACACCUUCCCUGUCAGAUCUUGUGCACCUUUUCACCACUGAUGUCGAUAUUGGGAUGGGGGUGGAAUUUGCAAACACAGAGCCCACAUCUGCUCCUUGUCCAUCCCCAACUGUGGCAGAAAUACAAGAAGCUUCUUCGCAGAUGCUACAAGUUCCAGUCGGCAAGCCCUGCACGAAAAAGAAGGCUUCCAAGUCUACAAAGCUAGCCCGGUUGGACAUGGACCAGAGUUUGGAUGACUACAGAAGUAAGCAGCCUAACCUGGAUGAAGUGGAGGAGCAGCUUUUUAUCUCAUUCACGUCUAAGGAGGCGCUCAGAAUCCACAUUGCAGAUUCUUGUGGAGAUCUUAACUCUCAACCUCGGAUACUUCCUGAAGAAAAACAAACAGACGAGAAACCCAAACUCAGCAACGAUGCAGAUUGUGUGAAGGAAACCAUUGCUGCCUUCCAGAAAAAUCUUUUGAAAGACCUGGACCUGAUGAAAUACAGACAGGUCAUCCAUCCAGUGCUACAGGAAGUUGGACUUAAGAUGACUCUUCUGGAUCCGGCCCUGUCCAUUGACCUACAGUACUUAGGAGUCUGUCUUCCCAUCCCUCCACCUGGAACCGAUGUGGAGCCGCAAACUCGGACUCUGCCACCAUCUCAAGGUGGUUCUUCUACGUUUCUAUCCAGGACGGGAAAAACUACAGAUGUGACUCAGAUUAAAGGCUGGAGAGAGAAGUUCACAUCAUCAACGACCUUACCCAUCUCAGAGUCUGGCCCAGAAGCUCCCACAGGUCCUCAGCUGUCUGGUUCAACACCACAGCUUGGUGUUCCCAGUUCCGAACCGCAGAAGAAGAACCUGUCAGCAUUCUGCAGCGACAUGCUGGAUGAGUAUCUGGAGAAUGAAGGCAAGCUGAUCGAUGAGCGAGCUGCAAGUUUCUCCCAACCUCCGGUGGAGACGCCGGUCUAUAAGCUCCCCAAGAUCAGCUCCAGUUACGUUCGGACGUUGGACCACAUUCAGACGAACAAGACAACUGUCUCACCUGCCUCAGACCUCAUUUCAGGUUUCAUCCCACCAUCUAAGAGACCUCGUCUCAGUGAAACAAAAAUCGACAGAAGGACGGAGAAGAAACUCAGGGGUCCCAAACGGAACAAAUCCAAGCCGGCUCUGUCUGAAUCCAGUCCAUGUGUCCUGCAACAGCCUGUAGUCCUGACACCUGGUGGGCUGUCUCAGCCCAUCAAAUCUGUAAAACAACCCCCUGUUGCUAGGAGAAGAAAGCUCAAACACAUUACCUCAUCCCAUAUCCUCAGCCAUUCCGGGUCCAUUGCCGUGGUUUCAGAUAUGCACCGGGAUCUGGCCCCAGUGGAGUCAGAUUCUGAGCUCGAGCAGACUUCUGGUCCAAGUGUGAAUGCUGGCAAGAGGGAAAGCCAACCCACGGUGACUCGGGCCCUGCUGAGACAGAAGGAACUGGAGAACGGUGUGGUGUGGGAGGGCUGUGACCCGACCAGCAUCACAAAGGAGAGGGCCGCCAUUGCGCUGACUUCUCUCUUUACUCAGACUGGUUUUGUGAGUGAGGAUCCGACCGCCCCGGUCCAGCUGCCUCAGAAACGAGCACUCCCCUGUCAGAACGACUUCUGCAGGCUUGGCUGUGUCUGUUCCAGCUUGUCCUACAACCCCAGGAUCAGCCACUGUGGUCGUCCCCCCUGCAUGUUUGGCUGCAGCUGCCUGAAGCAGAAGGUGGUCCUUCUCAAGAACCUCGACAGCUCUGACUCCAGCACACCCUCCCACCAUGACAAAGCCAAGAAGAGGAAGAAGAAGAAGAAAAAGAAGAAGAAAAGGAGGAUGAAGAUGGCAUACGUACUGAAGGAGGCAGACAGUGUUACCCAGUCUGUUAAGCGGGUUCGCACUCUGUGGAGGAGGAACGUAGAGGACACUGAUCCAGAGCCAACGUACAACCCGGUCAUUGCCCUGCCUUCCUCCAGCCCAGCUGUCAAGUCCAAACGCAGAAGUCUUCACAGCAGCUGUGCUAGAGUGCAGUGCUUCAGAGGAAAGACCUUGAAACAGAAGGAGGCAUCAAACGAUGCAAGGCUGACCAGACAGAAAACUCUCAAACAGCAAGAGCUGACCUCCAAGGGGACAGAAACAAAAACAUCCGAUUCUCCUUCUUCAACUAAAAAGGCCCAGCAGGACCAGGGAUCCCUCGUUAAGUCUACUCAAAAUCCUCCUGCAGAGCGCACACCUAAGCCAGCCAGGCGUCUCUUCAUCAUGGCCGACUGUAAAUGGGAUUGUAAUGAAGACCGAAGCUUAGUUUUGAAGAAGCUGUGUCGGCUGAUGGCUCGGGAACAACUGGACAAAUGGUUCUGGUUCAAAAAAUACCUUAUCAGUCCCAUCAAUAAGACUCUAGUGAAGACUGGAUUCAGGCCGUACAUCCAGUACACGGUCCAGGUCUCCGCUCCCAGCCUGAAGAAGAAACAAGAUGCAGUACCAGAAAAAGAGGCAACCAAAGGAAACCAGAAAAAUGUCAAAUCAUCCACACUACAUGAGCAGGACUACCCAUCAAAACCGACUCCUGGUGAUGAGCGAUCUCCUAAAGACUGCCGAAAGAAGGUGCAGAAGCCAGAGUAUAUAGAGGACUGGCAGAUUGAGGUGACUGAGGAUACACAGCCCGUGGAGGACUGGCAGAAGGAGGUGACUGAGGAGACACAGGUCAUAGAGGACUGGCAGAAGGAGGUGACUGAGGAGACACAGCCCGUGGAGGACUGGCAGAAGGAGGUGACUGAGGAGACACAGCCCGUGCAGGACUGGCAGAAGGAGGCGACUGUGGAGACACAACCCCUGCAGGACUGGCAGAAGGAGGCGACUGUGGAGACACAACCCCUGCAGGACUGGCAGAAGGAGGCGACUGUGGAGACACAACCCCUGCAGGACUGGCAGAAGGAGGCGACUGUGGAGACACAACCCCUGCAGGACUGGCAGAAGGAGGCGACUGUGGAGAUACAACCCCUGCAGGACUGGCAGAAGGAGGCGACUGUGGAGACACAACCCCUGCAGGACUGGCAGAAGGAGGCGACUGUGGAGACACAACCCCUGCAGGACUGGCAGAAGGAGGCGACUGUGGAGACACAACCCCUGCAGGACUGGCAGAAGGAGGCGACUGUGGAGAUACAACCCCUGCAGGACUGGCAGAAGGAGGCGACUGUGGAGACACAACCCCUGCAGGACUGGCAGAAGGAGGCGACUGAGGCGACACAACCCCUGCAGGACUGGCAGAAGGAGGUGACUGAGGCAACACAGGUCAUAAAGGACUGGCAGAAGGAGGUGACUGUGGAGACACAGCCCCUGCAGGACUGGCAGAAGGAGGUGACUGUGGAGACACAGCCCCUGCAGGACUGGCAGAAGGAGGUGACUGUGGAGACACAGCCCGUGCAGGACAUACAGAAAGAAGUGACUGAGGAAACACAGCUCGUGGAGGAUUGGGAGAAGGAGGUACUCGAAGAGGAACAGCUUGUAGAGGACUGGCAGAAAGAGGUGAUAGAGGAGACAGAUGUUUUAGAGGACUGGCAGAAAGAAGUAAAGAAAAGUGAAAUGAAGGAGGAGAGUCAGUGCCACUCAAAAUACAAGGAUGAAAGACAGGAGAGAAGUGCAAAAAUGAAAUCAAAUAAAAAAAAGAUUGAAGGGAUAGCUCUGCCUUCUCUGAAAAAAGUGUCUCCUGCUGGAUACCUCCCAGCCAAUAGGAAACACCCUGGGGGAACUGAUCACCUGAUUCAGGUGAACGGAAAGCUCUAUCCUCUGGCAAACAUCCACGUCGAUGGGAUGGGGGCUAGUCAUCCAGCCAAUCAUCUGGUGACUUUUCUGACAGGUCAUGUGGGCUCUCAGAGCCAGUCCUAUGUGUCCAGUAAAGCUCCAAACUCAGGACCAGCCCCCAUCACAGCCCUCUCAGCUUCAUCUGACCCUGCUGCUUCUACCCCCACUAUUACAACAACCUCAACCCCACCUUCUGUCACACAGCACACCUUUACUACUUCCCCUACAGCUUUGCAGGCCAAGAACCUGGUGUUUCAGACGUCAGCUUUGUCUGUGGGUGCAGGACCUGCUAAAGACGCUCCGGUGAUGUUGGUGCGUGUUGCACCUUCACAAAUUCCCCAGGAGGUUCCAGCUCGUCUCCUCUCCAGUCAGCAAAUGGUCCUGCAGCCGGUCCAGACAGCACCUAGUGCUCAGUAUUAUCGGCAAGCAGAUGGAAAGUUAGUCCAGCUGAUUGCCAUCAACCAGUUGAGACCCAUUAAAUCCAAGUUUGUCGUUAAAGGAGGUACCUCCUCCUCUUCAGCCCUUUCUACUUUGUGCUUGAAGACUCCAGCUGUAACGACCACAAGGAAAAGUCCAACUGGGACCACAGGAACCCUCUCUUCCUCCUCCUCAUCAUCAGUUCCCUACUCUUCCUGCCCCUAUUCCUUCUACUCACCCUCUUCGUUGUCCUCCAUACCAUCCUCAAACACAUCAUCAUCAACCUCCCUCCCCUCUACAUUUGUUUCUGUGGCCAAACAGGGCAGCUGUACCUUUAAACUCCAAACAUCCAGCUCUAGUAAGGACUCCCCCCAGGUCACUGUGCCUCUCGCUCAGAUGGGGAAAGUUCCAGACAGACGCCCACCACCUCAAGACCUCACCAAGGAGGUCAAACUUCCAGGUCAUGCAGUAGUCCAGCACACACCUGCAUCCCCACAGACACAGCCCCCUGCAGAGUCUCCCAUCCCUGAAGAGCUCCCUGCUCCAACAUUGUCACCCUCACCCGAAAGACCCAACCAAAAUGAGGACCUGGCUGUCAACCUCGUGGAUUUGGACAUCAUCUGUGUGGACGAUGAUACGGAGGGUUUUGUCACAAUCCCACGCCCAGUUGAAGUGGUGAACUUGGUGUCGAGCAGCGAGACAGAAAACUCAUCAGACACAGAGACAGAAGAGGAGGAGAAAAGUCCAGACUGCAACCGCCACCAUCACAACAUGAUGGAGAAGAUGAGGCGGUGGCAGCUCCGAUCUCACUUCAGUGAUCUGCAGAAAGAAGUGGGGCAGUCCCCGAAGAUGUCCAAAGUCUUCACUCUGACGAAGGCGGUCAGUCUGAUCCAGAAGCUGAGGCGCACCGAGAGAACCCUGAAGAGGAAGAAGGGGUAUCUGAAGAAGAGGAGAGAUACAUUUCUAUCAAUUCUCGCUUCCUCAGAAGAGCAGACCGGUCCUGUCCUGGAGAACUCGGAUCCGUCACACUGCACCAACAUAAUCUCCUCUGAUGAGGAGAAAAGCACCAAUGCAGAACCAACGCAGACCUCUUUCACUGAAGUUCCUCAGGAGAUCCAAGUUCUGCAGAGGGACGGGAGUCCCACACAGCUGUCCCCUAAAAGACAUGUCCAAAUGGAACCAUCAGGUCUGGAGAACAUGCAGCUGUCACUCACUAAACCAGAGCUGGAGGACAGGCCAGCUGCCAGUGAAUCAGCAGAGGGCGGGGCCUGUGCUGACUCACCUGUAGCAUCACCUGACCAAGUCUGUGUAACUCUAGCUCCUCCCUCUCAAGCCAUGGGACUGUCCAACUCUGGAGAAGAGAAAACACCUGUCAGUGUGCAGCUUGAGCCUCAUCACGUUCCACAUGUCGUAAACACAGUCACGGCCCUAAACACCAUUACCCACAAUGCACCUCAGGUGAUAAAGAGGCAUCGGACCAUACCUAUUAUCCUGUCUCGAGCCAAGAAAGCAUCUCAACAGGUGCCUCUGAACAGGAAGGAUCCAGAGGGUGAGAGAGCUCUAACUGAUGGUGAUAGUCAGGCGCCAGCUGAGGUUCCAUCUCUUCCUGCAAAGGCAUUACCAGAGAAGCCGGUGCUGCACCUGAGCCCGGUGGCUGCUGAAACUAUGUAUCUGCGGGCAGCUCCUCCUCCUCCUCCUCCUCCUCCUCCAGGUGCAAACACCCCUUGUCUAACCAGACUGGAGAUUCCAGACACCUCACUGGUCCAUCAAUCCAAAAGUGGACACCACAGAAAAACCGCACUCCUCAGCAUCACCGAUGUCACAGGCUCGACCCACCCGCCAAACCCCUUUCGUCCAGGACCUGCACUGCACCAAACACAGCCAACAGUACAACUGACCCAGAACCUCAUCCUCAGACCUGCAUCCUCACAGGCUCCAGGAUCAAGUCCCCAACAAGACCCCAACAGCAGGACAAAUUCGUCUUCCCUCAGCAGUAAUGGUUCUAACCAGCAGUCUGAUGUCCUAAUGGUACCAGCACCAGUAGAACUUUCUGAACAGACCUUCUCAGUUUUGGGCAAAGUCACUGAACUAAGACAUGCCCCCCAGUCCCAGGCUGCUAAUAUAAAAAGUGUUUCAGACACCAGUAAUUGGGGGGUGAAGUCAGGACCUACUGUCGAGUGCACUAAUGGAGGUGUUCUAGCCCCGCCCCCUCUGUUGCAUAUGAAGGCGGGCCAGGCCAAAGUGGUGGACCUCCCCAGCAGUGAAGGAACAGCAGUGGAGGGGGGAGAAAGCGGGGUGGGCAAUGGGGGAGUGACUUGGAGGCCAAUGCCCAGGCUGGUUCCUCUGGGUCUGAGAGGAAACUCCCCCAGCUGACUUUAGGACAUUAAUCUGAAGAAGAACGUUCUCCUGCUAGUUCCAUUGGUUGAUGUCCUCUGACUGAUUCUUUUAACAGUGUAUUAGAAAACCCAAACUGAUGAAUGGUUGUGUUCAGAGACAAAGAAACAAUGGUCGUCUUCAGUCUGAACCACCACCUCCUGGGUGCCCUUUCUGUAAAGUUCAGUUUGUGUUUGGAUUUUAUUCCAAGGUUUAAAGCAUCUGCUGUAGAUUUCAGUUUGAAUGUUUUUAAGUAAAACUAACGUCAAUUAAAGUUUUCUAUAACUUUCUGUUUCUACUUCUGGUCUCAUGAAAAAGAUCCCAAUUUUUUUUUACAAGCUUUAUGAGAAUUUUUAAUAAAUAACCUUGUUGUUCCACAGUA